AUGACAGAAGAGACAACUGUUUCAUCGAAAGAACUGGAUUCAUGGAUUGAGCAACUGAAAAAGAGUAAAAAAUUACAAGAGAGUCAUGUCAAACUUCUUUGUGAUCGAGCUAAAGAUAUCCUUUCCAAAGAAUCUAAUGUACAAGAAGUACAUUGUCCAGUAACCAUUUGUGGGGAAUGUCAUGGUCAAUUUCAUGAUCUGAUGGAAUUGUUCACAAUUGGUGGUGAUUUACCCAAUACUAACUAUUUGUUUAUGGGAGAUUACGUCGAUCGAGGCUAUCAUUCUGUUGAAACAAUCACAUUACUUGUUGCAUUGAAAGUGCGACACAAAGAUCGUAUCACCAUUCUUCGUGGUAACCAUGAAUCUCGACAAACAACCCAAGUCUAUGGAUUCUAUGAUGAAUGUCUGAGAAAAUAUGGCGUUGCCAAUGUAUGGAGAUAUUUCACUGAUCUCUUCGAUUAUCUUCCUCUGACAGCCAUUGUCGAAGAUCAAGUUUUUUGCUUGCAUGGUGGUCUUAGUCCAUCCAUCGACACUUUAGAUCACAUUCGAGAUUUAGAUAGGGUACAAGAAGUACCAUGCGAAGGUCCUAUGUGUGAUCUACUCUGGUCAGUUAUUGCUGUGAUAUACGAUAAACGAAUUCCUUGA